UCAUCGUGCGCAUCUUCGGGAGGCACCCCCGAUGCAGGAACAUUUACAACGACACCUUAGUCCACUGUCGAACCGGUCGCGGAACGCACGCGCCCUAUUAGUACGAUCACCACGGCACAUCGCGAAGAGUGAACGCGUGCGCGAAACCAGCAAGAUUAGUUCCGUCACAUUUCUACCCCUUCUUCUACAUUAGGGCGCGUGGACGUUCAAAAUCUGCACCGCAACUGUCACGCGACCGUGUAUUUUGAUUUUAGCUUCACCGAAUCCACCACCGGCCUGGGUACUGAUAAAGGAGCCCCAGUUUUGGGUUUAAGGGUGAUUGUACCGUGUUUCGCAAUCUAGUGCUGGAACGGGGGGAACGUUGUCAAACCGUUGCCGCUAGUGGCGUGAAGAUAGUUGUUUAUGUUUGCGCGCAAAAGUAAAAGAUAACAUCACGUAUUGUUUUAUCAGCUGCCAGGAGUGUUGUUAUAACAGUGCCCAGCCCGCAGCAAUGAAUGAUACAAGCCACAAGGAAGCGUACGUGCGGGAUGUCGUGAUACCGGGCAUGGUGGCCCGGGGACAGCUUUCGUUUACCGAGCAUCUUCCGGAGAGCGGUAAAGUGCGGCUGAAAUCGGUUGAUGUGAAGCCGCUUGUUACCAAUGGGUUCAUGCUGACGGUACCGUUCGUGGUAACCGUGGUGUUGGAGCAGACACCUGAGCCUGGUGAAGAUAUCAAGUCGGAAACGUUUCAUCUGAUAGUGAAGAUAACGCCCGAUUGCACCCAGGAGAUGUACGAGAGCUGUCAAUUUGAAACGCUUUUCGAGAACGAAAUGAUUGCUUACACGGAAAUCAUACCCACCCUCGGUAAGGCCGAGCUGUAUCCAAGCUACUAUCACUGUGAACGGAAACCAGCGGAAGCAUUAAUGGUAAUGAGCGAUUUUUCCUUUUCCGGCUGGAAAACGUCACCGAUGGUCGUGAACCUGCCGCUGGAUUACAUCAUGCUCGCAGUGAAAGAGCUGGGACGCUUCCAUGGUGAAUGUUACGGCAUGAAGGAGGCACGUCGGGCGCAGUUCGACAGUAUUAUUGCGAAAUUUAAAGAAUCUCGAUUUGCCGCCGAUAUCACGGAUCUUAUGUGGAAGACGGUCCUGACCGUUGCACCGAAGCGUGCGAUCAAAUCCUUGCAGGAGAGCCGCUUCAAGGCGUUGGUGCCGGCGUCGUACCUCGAAAAGCUGGCCCGACUGUUCGAGGAUUCGUGGGCGCACGCGAAGCGAAAGGUACAGCCACGGGAACCGUUGGCCGUCAUUUGCCAUGGUGAUUACCUGCGCAACAACAUGGCGUUCCGGUACGGAGAUGCGAAGGAUCCCGAACGGCCUACCCAUGUGAUGAUGUUUGACUUUCAAACCCUACGCUACGCAUCACCGAUGAUCGAUUAUACUACCUUCCUUGCCAACUCAACCAGCUAUGACGAGCGGGAGCACCAUUUUGAUACCAUUUUCCAAACCUAUCACCGGGAGCUGGUACGCACGGUGGCCAGAAUCGUUGGCGUUUCGGAUCCGAGCGAAUUACCACCGUACUUCAGCUAUGAGUCAUUUCAUCGCGAACUGGUCGAAUACUACACCUACGGUUUUAACAUUGCCUCCUCGUUCCUGAUGGUACUGUACGAACCGAUGGAGAUAUCCUUCACCGAGAACAUCUUCACCGAGGCAGAAGCCGAGGCGGACGCAUGGACACGGGGCGGGGAACCACUUAACCGGGAGCUAGCGGCCAUGGUAUACGAAAUGUAUAAGCUUCACCAAAAGUAUGGGCUUGAUCCGGUGUGAUCGUUUGCCGUCAAUUCGGAUCGGAUCGGACUGGGUUAGCUGAACCGUGGCCGUUGGAAUGCGGGCAGCAUUUGGUGCUUAAAUGGGUUCUAACAUUUUAAUUCACAUCGUGCCGUGAGUGAACAGAGGUGUGCUCAACGGCUAGCGAUAAAUGGAAUCCUGUUCAAUAAAGAGUGUUCUUCAAUGAAA